CAGCAGCCGCCGCCAUCGGUACCGCCGCCAUCGUUACCGCCGCCGCCAUCGUUACCGCCGACCGAGGCCGUGCCAGGCACAUCAUCAUCGGCUAUCUUACCUGAAGGGCAAGAGACAGACGCUACGGUAAACUUAGAUCCUGUCAUUCUAGAUCUUUUAGGAGAGGACCCUUCUACUAAAAAGAGUUAUGGUGCAAGUUUACAUAAAGAUAUUGCCCCGAGGUGGGCUCAUAUCCUCACUAAUGGUCUGACGAAAGAAUCUCAAGCGGAUCUAAUAAAACAAUAUCGGUUACCCGAAAACUGCACCAAUUUAUCAUCCCCAAAAUUGAAUCCUGAGAUAAAAGCCGCGCUCUCUGAGUUAAAUAUCAAACAAGAUCAAUAUAGCCAGGGCAAACAAAAUCAAAUUGGAAGCGGUCUCGCAGCUCUAGGACAAGCUUUAAAUUGGGUUGUUACAGCCAAAGAUAUUAUCCCCCCAGAUAUAGUUAAAGCUUUAAUUGACGCCGGGAGGCUUAUCUGCGACAACCACUACAGGGAAUCGUUAUCGCGUAGAUAUGCGAUACUAAACACACUUAACAGAAACAUCAGAGAUACUGUUAAAGAUACAAAGAUUGACGAAAAUCUCUUUGGAUCCAACUUAUCUGACCACUUGAAAUCAUCAAAAGCAAUAACGAAGACUGGCUCAGAAAUGAAGCCUGCGCCCCGAGCACCAUACAGGGUGCCAUCAGCUUUCCAGCCACAAAGAGGAGCUUUAAACUCGAGGGGGAACUCGCGCGCAGCAGCGACCGAGCCGCGGACAGCCCCUGCGUCCCGCCGGCCGCCGCAUCCCCCGCCGCCGCGAGAUCGCCGCCAGCCUGCCACGCGGGGCCGUCAUCGCGCUUCUGGCUACUCGAGACAUCAGAGGAGACAUUAAUGGAACCACAGAACCUGCCAUCCACUUCACGCGGACCUUGUUCUGGUGGCAGCCAGGUUAUCAGGGACUCAUUGAUAACGCGGGGCGUACCAUUGGAUUCUUUAGAUAUAGUAAUGGCUUCAUUUUCACCACAAACGUUAUAACAAUAUAGUAGCACAAUUACAUCUUGGGCUUCCUAUUGUACAAACAAUAACGUAAACAUAUUGAAUGUCGAUAGCAGUAAUGUAAUUUCUUUUCUUACACAAAAAUUUAAUGAAGGUGCUAGCUAUAGUUCCUUAAAUACACACAGAUCAGCCUUAUCAAUUAUUUUGGGUACGGAAGUGACACUAAAUGACUGUAUUAAACGAUUUAUGAAAGGUGUAUAUAGGCUUAAUCCACCUCGGCCCAAAUAUAAUUCAACAUGGGAUACUAACAUCGUGCUAAAUUAUCUCUCUAAUACGUAUCCCUACCCGUAUGAUGAUAUUUCACUGCCUAAUCUGACUUAUAAAACCAGCACUCUUUUAUGUAUAGCAUCUGCCCAACGAAUGCAAACCAUUAGUUUUAUUAAAUUACAAAACAUAACAUUACAAGAUGAUGCGAUUAUUAUUAGAAUUACCGAAUUAAUUAAGACGUCUAGGCCUGGAGCUUGCCAACCACUCAUAAGAUUGCCCUUCAUACGUGAAAACCCUAGCAUUUGUCCAGCUUUAGCACUAAAAACCUACAUAGAAAAAACCCAACACUUACGUCAAAAUUCACUAGAUGGACAUCUGUUUUUAGGAAUUCGCAAACCGCAUAAAAAAGUUGGAACCCAGACUCUAGCGCGUUGGGUAAAGAAGGUGCUGCACGAUAGCGGCAUCGAUAUAUCAAUAUUUGGUGCUCAUAGCACCAGGUCAGCAUCGACAUCCGCCGCGUACAGAUCAGGGAUCAAUCUGGAGGUGGUUCGCAAGGCCGCAGGAUGGAGUGACACCUCCAAUGUAUUCCUUAAGUACUAUUAUAGAGAUGUUGUACAGACAAAUCAAGAUGUGUUCAUUAAUGCAAUACUUAGUUAGUUCACAGGCUAUUUGCAUUUAUAUGUAUUAACGUAAAGUUAAGCGAGCGAUAAAUGUACAAUAACCCUUGCGUUUACGUUUUAGUUUACGUACGAUUAAUUUCCCUUGUUUUGUUUAGUUGGGAAUUUGGAA